CAGUGCGCAUGGAAGGGAUGAACAGUUUACGCCUGUUCCUGGGAGUUUAUGUUUCAAUGCGACAAGUGGCGUUCGAUCUGUCAAAUUGAAACUUGACUGUUUUUCAUUUUAAAAAUUCCAUCACUUUCCCUAACAAUGGGAUUCUCCUCGUCGUAAAUCUCCAUUGAUCCACGAUUAAACUCCCUCCCAUCUCCAAUUUAUCCGAUUGAUAGAAGAAAUAAUGAAACAUAUAGAAUUGAACAAAGGAGAGCACGAGUUGCAUUUACCGAAGAAAGAUGCAACUACCAGUGAACAAAGUAUCUCCAGUCUCAUGUCCACUGCAUCCUCGUCUCAGGAUGAGAAUUUUCGUGUUGUUAAACAUGCGGAGAACAGUUUGCGAUGCAUGGAGGAAUAUUUGCACCAGCAAUUGUUGACCGACGUUGUUCUCAUUGCAGGAGAUAAACGAUUUCCAGCGCAUCGUUUAGUCCUUAGUGCAGGCUCUGAGUAUUUUUCCGCAAUGUUUACGAGUUCUUUGAGGGAAUCCGGUCAAAAUGAAGUGGAAUUGAGGGAAGUUGAUCCAGGAGCAUUGUGGGCACUUAUUCAAUAUUGCUAUACAGGCUGCAUUGAACUUCGAGAAGACUGUGUGGAGACUCUUCUAGCAACUGCUAGUCUUCUUCAAAUUGACGCAGUGGUGAAAGCCUGCUGUCAAUUUCUUAUAAAACAAUUGCACCCGAGCAAUUGCCUCGGGAUACGCAUGUUCGCUGACACCCAGGGCUGCUCCCAUUUAUUAAACGUCGCCCACACAUUUACAACUGAACACUUCAUGGAAGUAAUGAAGAAUCAGGAGUUCAUGUUGCUUUCAGCGGAUGAUGUUGCCAAAUUAAUUGAAUCCGAUGACUUGAACAUUCCUUCGGAGGAGAUUGUCUUUCGUGCAUUAAUAAGUUGGCUGGAGCACGAUCUCGAGGCUCGUCGUAAAGACGCCAGCAAACUCUUGGGAUUGGUGAGACUGCCUCUGUUAUCACCAGUGUUCAUAGCUGAUAACAUCGAUGGCAACGAGAUAUUCAAGGACGAUAAACGAGCGCAGGAAUUAGUGAUGGAGGCACUGAAGUAUCAUCUGCUGCCUGAGAGACGUCCUCUGCUCCAGACCUGCAGGACCAGGCCUCGAAAAGCAACCGUGGGACAACUACUGGCCGUGGGAGGAAUGGACGACAACAAAGGUGCCACUUCCAUUGACGCUUUCUCUCUGUGCGAUAAUGCCUGGAAGUACUUGGCUAGUAUGAAUGGUCGUCGUUUGCAAUUCGGUGCGGCUGUCGUUGGAUCGAGAUUGAUUAUUGCUGGGGGCAGGGAUGGACUCAAGACCAUGAACAGUGUCGAGAGACUGGAUUUUUCUACUUUAAAGUGGAGUAGCUUGCCAUCUAUGAAUACUCAUCGUCAUGGCUUGGGUGUUGCAGUUCUCGGUGGACCGUUGUAUGCAGUUGGUGGUCACGAUGGCUGGAGUUUCUUGCAGACUGUUGAGAGAUGGGAUCCAAAUACACAGGAGUGGAGCUACAUUGCUCCCAUGCCCGGUCCGAGAUCUACUGUAGGCGUAGCAGUUCUCAACGACAAAUUAUAUGCUGUUGGCGGAAGGGACACGAACUCGUGCCUGAACACAGUGGAUUGUUACGAUCCACAUACCAACAAGUGGAGUAGCUGCGCAUCAAUGUCUCAGAGACGCGGUGGAGUCGGUGUGGGUGUUGCCAAUGGAUGUCUUUAUGCACUCGGGGGUUACGAUGCAGCCUCUAGGGGCUCAAAUGCUUGCAGAUAUGACAGUGUUGAGCGAUAUGAUCCAAAGACAGAUACGUGGACUGUGGUGGCACCAAUGAGUGUGGCUAGAGAUGCAGUCGGUGUUUGUCUCCUGGGGGACCAAUUGUUAGCUGUUGGUGGUUACGAUGGGCAGCAAUAUCUCACUCUCGUUGAAGCCUAUGAUCCCAUUAUCAACGAGUGGCACCAAGUCGCACCUCUGAGGGCAGGAAGGGCUGGUCCAUGUGUCACGUUGAAAGACCCUAUUGGCUGAAAAGUAAAGGACCUGACUCCAGUGACUCGUUCAUAUUGUCAUAAUCAAAAGUUCCAGUGAAAGUAAAAAUUAGGUGGUAUUUUUAAGGAAUGCGUGGGGUAAUCUCAAUUGAUCUCUCCAUUCGUAUCGAUUGAAGACUGAAAGUUAUUGAAGGCUCAGUAUUUUAUCGAAAAUUCUGCAAACUAAUUUAUUCGCUCAAAUUUUGUCAUGUCAUCGUAAUCAAGAAUUUUCGUAAUAUUUUUGCAAGUCUGAAUGCAUUCGUUUAAUUGUCAUUGCAUUUCUGGAAUGUCAUACUUGUUGGUUUUACAUAAUGUUUUUAUAAUAUCUUUAAUGUAAGGCGUUCUGUAUUCAACAAUGUGCUUUAAUAUUAAGGACAUCGUGUAUAAAUGUAUGUUCCACAUUGUAAUUUCUUAGAUAAAUAAAAAAUUAUAUAUUUGGAUGGAAA